AUGUCACUAUCCGCUACCGCAACCAUGACUACAUCUGGAAUACGACGACCCUCGACAUCACCAUUAUCACCACCAUCAGGACCGCUUCCAGCGCUGCCCAUUGCGAAGUCGAGGAAGCCGCUGCCAGACAUACCCGACGACCAGGAGAUAGCCACAUCACCUUUCGGCCGGCCUCCAGCUAGACUUACUCGAGCUGUCACCUCAUCUGGUCUGCCGACACCCGCUAAAUCUCGAUCUACACCUGCAGUACCAACACUAAACACAGCGGAUGUUGCGUUAAUUAAUGCGGCUUCUCCAUUAUCUUCCAAUAUUCCCUCUUCUGGCAUAUCGACUUCUGGAAAGACGCUGCGCAAGACCACUAGCAUUGGCGCGUUUCCUCUUCCUCCGAAAGGCGCUCCAAGAGUGUCAAGUCUGCCGCCAAGUCCACUAUCUACAGCAACCUCAUCUUCUGAUGUCCAUGCUGCGGCGAACCCAGCCAAGCGCCGCGACUCAUCCAAGCAUCGUAGUGCUGAGAGUGUUAUCAAAAAGAAGCCACGAAGCUCAGGAUAUGGCAUCCGCUCGAGGCAGUCAACAUCGUCAAUAGCAGGGGUUUCUAGAACGCCAAGUUUGCUCAAUGGCACUGGCGAGGAUAAUGUCGUCUCCAGUACUAGAGCCUCGGAUAAUCUGCUUACGCCGCCUUCACCACCACAAAGCCGGAGCUCAUCAAUGGACGGUUCGUACAUGACAGAUGGCACAGCUUUCGAGGACAUUGGAGAAGACAUUGAUGAGCGAGGACGACCGAAGAGCUCGGAGACAAUCUCAGAUAGCAAGCGCAAUUCGGGCACGAAGGACAAGGACAACAAAGGCAACGUGCUGGUCAGUGUUCGAGUACGACCAGACGCUGGAGGAGGCGAUGGCAAUAGCGUGGAAGGAGAAUGGAUGGUUGAUGGGAGACGAUCGUUCAUAGCGUAUAAAGGUAAAGAGGGUGGCGACUACAAGUACGAUAAUGUCUUCUCGCCGUACGACAACAAUACACGAGUAUACGACAAUGCAGCUCGACGACUAGUGCGCCGCGUGAUGGAAGGAUAUAAUGGCACGGUCUUCGCAUACGGCAUGACUGGAACCGGUAAGACGUUCUCGAUGCAGGGUACUGCUUCCUCACCUGGUGUUAUACCUCUUGCGAUCACGGACAUCUUCUCAUAUAUCCGUGAGAAUCCGGCCCGCGAAUUUCUGCUUCGAGUCAGUUAUCUCGAGAUCUACAACGAGAAGAUUUACGACCUGCUCAACCAGAGCACUCCAGGGCAACAGCAACAGACCGAGGAGAUCAAGCUUCGAGAGGAUAGUAAACGAGGCGUAUAUGCGACGCCACUCAAGGAAGAAAUUGUCCAGUCGCCAAAUCAGCUGUUGCGAGUGAUAGCGCGCGGUGAUGUUGCACGAAGAACGAGCAGUACGCAAUUCAACGCGCGAUCAUCUCGAUCACAUGCGGUCGUGCAGAUAGUCGUCGAGUCCAGAGAACGGACACCGAGCCAUGGUGCAUACUUCGAUAAAGACACACGAAGAACUGACCGGAUCCUACCUGGUGGCGUUCUGGUGUCGACCUUGUCUUUGAUCGAUUUGGCUGGUUCCGAAAAGGCCGCGGACAGUAAGGAGCGCAGGACGGAAGGCUCGCACAUCAACAAAUCAUUGCUCACUCUGGGCACCGUCAUUGGACGCUUGUCAGGUGAAGAUGACAAGGAGAAGGAGGAUGGCGCAAAGAGUGCUGCGGAGAAGGAGAAGAGUCUCAAGCACUUGCCAUAUAGGGACAGCAAGCUCACUCGAUUACUCCAACCGGCACUCUCCGGAAACUCGCUCGUUUCGAUCCUUUGCACAAUCCAGCUUUCUUCGGCUGGCACGAGUGCUGCCGCAAGUUCGUCGCAUACUGGUGAAACACUGAAUACCUUGAAGUUCGCCAGCAGAGCCAAGAACAACAUCGUCAGCCACGCCAAGCGCAACGAGUCGAAUCCGAACGGCGGCGAUGCGGGUAGUCGUGCUCUGCUCGACCGCUAUAGGCUGGAAAUCCAAGAGCUGCGCGGCCAACUAGAACAGCAGACGAAGGACAAGGAUGAGGCAGAGAAGGUUGAGCAGGAUGCGCAGGAUCGCCAAUUGGAGGAGAAGCUUGAGCGUGAGGAGCAGACUCGGCAUGAGGAGCAAAUGUUGGAAAUGCAACUUGCACGGACGGCCUUGAAAGAGCGAAUAAGUCAUCUCAACCGCUUGAUCCUGUCUUCGAAGUCUCUUGGUGUCAAUUCUGGACGGAUUUCGAGUGCCAGUAUUCCAGUUGGAAGGGCGAGUGUAUACAGCAACACCGAGUUCGGCCGGCCAGUGAGCGUGCGGAGUCGCGAGAGUGUACACAGCAGCCAAAGGAACAGCUUGCGAGACAGCGCUGCGACGCUGGAAGUACCGAGUCCGAUGGAAAUGCCACCCCUGGGCCGAGCACUUUCGAGUGGUUCCAUCACGAUGGGCACGCUUCCGGUAGCGCAAGUCUCGCAUAUGAUGUCCGAAGAGGAUGCAGCCGUAGAAGAGGACGACGAUUCUGGCGAAGUCGAUGUGGUCGGAAAUGCUUCUCUUGCUCAGCAGAAUCGGAUGUUGCAAGCUGAUUUGGCCGACAAGAAUCGGUAUAUCGCCACACUCGAAAAGCGACUGUUGCAGGCACGGCGGACGAGUCGGAGUCGUGUUAGCUCGCACUUCGGAAACGGGUUCAGUCCUCUUGAGGAGGCUGGGUCGCCUGAGGCCUUGCUUCGCGAGAAGGACCGCGAGCUGGAGGAGAUGAGGGCCAAACUCGAUGACCAGAUGCGUAUGGUGACAGCACUGCGAAGUGCCGCGCGCAAGCGUGAUCUGCUUGACAAUCGGUACAGUCACGCUAGCGCCAUGACAGAGCGCCCUGCGAGCUCGGGCGGAGUACUCGAGAAGACUGUCCGGGUGAGCUCUCGCACAUCCGCGCGAAGUGCACGCUUCCCGAGCACCACCAGCAUAAGCCACAGGAGCAAUCCUUCUUCCGCGAGUCGGUCCAGCAAUGGCGCUAUCAAUUUCUCCAAGACACCGCUGAGUCCAAUGGCUAUUCUUCGACCUUCAAGAUCUAGCUCUGAUGACUCCAUCGCGAUCUUGGAUACAGGCUCUGUGACGUCGAAGACUUCCCGUCGCAAGAGCGUCGAUGAGAUGACCAUGCUGCUGGACCAGAUGAUCCAAGAGAAAGUCGAGAGCGGCCAUGUGUAUACAGGCGACCGUGGAAGUCUGCGUGUGAAGAGGGAUACCGUUAUGGAAGAGCCAGAAAUCCAGGACCUCCCAAGCCAGCGGACGCUGAUGCUCUCGAGCAAUUUCCUGUCGAAGGAAUCAAAGUCUGAUGUAAGAAUGGGCAGAAGUGAUGUCUCAUAUAAUCCUUCGUCCUGCUUGUUUACUGCAAGGAUCCAAUAA